CCACGGCUCUGCCGGAACGAGCGUGGGUCCCUCGGCACAGGUGUGUGAGAAACUAGCACCAACCACCAGCCAAGAAAGCUCGGUCCCCAGGCCAUGGGGGCACAGCUGAGGCUGCCGCCCGGAGAGCCCUGCCGAGAAGGCUAUGUGUUAUCUCUGGUCUGUUCGAACUCUUCCCAGGCUUCAUGUGAGAUCACAAACGUGUCACAGCUGCUGGCUCAUCCUGUCCUCUACACAAAUCGGAAUUCCACUCUAACCAACUUCAGCAUCUCAGCAAAUGUAGAAAACAAGUACAGUCUUUAUGUGGGCUUGGUAUUGGCAAUAAGCUCCAGCAUUUUCAUUGGCUCAAGUUUCAUACUCAAAAAAAAGGGUCUCUUGCAACUGGCCAACAAGGGCAUUACUAGAGCAGGACAAGGUGGAUAUUCUUACCUCAAGGAAUGGGUGUGGUGGGCAGGACUUCUGUCAAUGGCAGCUGGAGAGGCUGCAAACUUUGCAGCGUAUAUAUUUGCACCUGCAACCUUGGUCACCCCACUGGGGGCUCUGAGUGUCCUCAUAAGUGCAAUACUGUCUUCCUAUUUUUUAAACGAGCACUUGAACAUUCACGGGAAAAUAGGCUGCAUAUUAAGCAUAUUGGGGUCAACUGUGAUGGUUAUCCAUGCCCCACAAGAGGGAGAAGUCGCUUCUUUACGUGAGAUGGAAAUGAAAUUGAGAGAUCCAGGGUUCAUUUCCUUUGCUGUGAUCGUCUCUGUGAUCUCUUUGGUGCUGAUUGUGAUUGUGGCCCCGAAGAAAGGACAGAGUAAUAUAUUGGUCUAUAUCGCAAUCUGUUCUUUGAUCGGAGCAUUUUCAGUGUCUUCUGUCAAGGGCUUGGGGAUUGCCAUCAAAGAACUACUAGAGUGGAAGCCUGUUUACAAGGAUCCCCUGUUCUUCGUCCUGUUGACUGUGCUUAUACUUUCAGUAACAACACAGAUUAACUAUCUCAACAAAGCCCUGGACACUUUCAACACAUCUCUGGUGACUCCCAUUUAUUACGUGUUCUUCACAUCCAUGGUAGUGACGUGUUCUGCCAUCUUGUUCCAGGAGUGGUAUGGCAUGAAAGCUGAAGAUAUCAUUGGUACCCUGAGUGGGUUCUUCACCAUCAUCAAUGGCAUCUUCCUAUUACAUGCUUUUAAGAACACCAACAUCACCUGGAGUGAGCUCACAUCUACUGCAAAGAAAGAAGUCUUUUCUCCAAACGGCAGUCAGAACAGUUAUGUUUUACUAGAGAAUGCAGACUGUUCAAUCUCAGGGAACGAUGAUGACGUCACCCUGUUUAGCAGGACUGAUGACCAAAGUAUCCAUAAACUUUGAACUUCAGUGGAGACACCUGGAGAGAAAACUAUACUUAUUCUUGGAAGGUCUAAUAUGGGAGUCAAAAAAUAAAUAAAUGAAUAGCCUUUGCUGUGACUACCAAAUUGGAAAAUCAAGGUUUGAUCAUCUUCUAGAAGGUUCGUGUCUUCCUGUUAUGUUUUCACAACUAUUGAAGCAGUCUCUGCCCACAAAAAAAAAGAGUCAAAGACUUGUUAUUUGUCUCUAAAUAAGUCUUCUGGUCAGUAGAUUUGGCACUGCUUGGAUGGCACUUCAGUUCUUCAGUGCCUCGUCUUAGACUCAAGGUGAUUCAAGGAGCUGUUAACUGUAUUCUGACUAAGCAGAGUCUCACCGUUCUCUGAGUCAUUAUCUCAAGCUAUUAAGACUAAGAAAUGGAAAGACUAGUGCGUUGACCUCUGGUCUGCAACUGCCUGCUUUGUAAACUACACUGAAGAUGAGUGAAAUGCUUAAGAACACAGUGGGCUAAAAUGUUCAUGACACAAACUUUUUUUUUUCUUUUCCUCAAACACACACACAUGAUUAUUUCGGAGAGUCUAUUAACAUAGGCCUGGAAAAUGUGUUUUCUGGAAGACCCAAGUGAAUUUAGCUUUGCAAUGACUUACAAUAGUCAUUUGUUCCUUUUUCUUUUUUCUUCUCUUGGCAUUUUGGAGAUUGGAUGUUUUCUUUUAGUUUGUUUUCUUGUCUGUUUAUUUUUCAGACAAGCUCUUGCAAUGUGACCAAGGCUGGCCUCAAGUUCUUUACUCCUUCUCCUUCUACCUCCUGAGUGCUAGGGUCACAGGUGUGUCUUUUUGAAAAAUUAUUAUACCCUGUAUUUCUUCUUGUUGGCAUAAAGGUUUUUGUAAAACAAUCACAACACAGUUUGAAGUUUAUAGUGUGCUUCAGUUUUUCUCAAAUGUCUUAUCCCUAGAAAGUGGCUCCUCCAAAACUGAGAACAGCUGACACAUUCUUUGUAAAAUAUUAAUGCUAUUUUUAAACCUGUUUUUUUUUUUCACCCUCAGGAAGAAACUUACAGUUUCUACCUUUUCAGAAUGUCCACAGCCUACUGUUGUUUUAAGUGAACAGAUACAUUUGUUUUUCCUAUUGAAUUCACCUUGACCACGCUUUCCAAUUCAGUUCGUUGACCAGUGUGUAGGGAGAGAGAAAUUCCUAAAAACGAAGUGUCGAGACUUCAGACUUGCUACAGGAAGUGUCUUGCUCGUUAAAACUUUGCCUUUGGUGUCCCCGACUCAUUCUAGAGUUCUGCUCUUAGAAUCUUCAGCGAGGGCUACUGAUGAGGGCAGUUAACAGCACUGCAUGUUGGUGGAAGCUAAUAAGCCAUGGGCAUUCCAUGAGUUGAUACCUCAAGUCCAACACAUGUUUACUUUCUAUUACUGACUCACUUAUGUCUCAGGUAUAUAAGCUGUGAACAUACAUUUGUAGAAAAUUAUCUUCUGAAAGGGUAGCAUGUUGGAAACCUGUACAGAUUCUUUUACCGAUUUUCUUUUUUGCUUUGAAAACUCCACUGGGACCUCCAGGGUAUCUUCUUGGUGAGGACAUCAAUCAUUUCUCUUGACAUCCUUCCUCAGGUUGUGACAGUUGUCCACUCUAAUGAUUUUAACCUUCAGACACUUAAUAAAUGUUGCUCGUUACUUGACACCGUAGCUGUCAAGUUUUGCCCUGGGUACAUUGAGCACAGGUCAAAGGUUCCUGGAAUACAAGGAUCAAUGUGUCCUGGGGUUGGAAAAUGAACUUGUGUUGACAUAUAUUCCUAGGAGGAAGACUGAGAGAUUUAAUCAGUUGUCAUAGAUGGAGAAACAAUGUAAUAUUGACAAAGCUCUCUGGAAAGAUUAUUGGUGAGCAUACCCACUUAAAAAAUGAAAAUGUUACUGUGAGUCUAAUACCACAGCUGAAUCUUUCUUGUGUAGGAAAAUGCUGCUUAAGGAAGAGCGAACUAUUGUGUUUCUUUAUUCACUCUGUGUCACUCUGAAUCGCUUGUCUCAUAUUCAUGUGCGUUUGAAUGUAUAUCCCCUGUUACCAUAUAGGCAUGUUUAUUUGGUGGAUAUAUAUAUAUAUAACUAUUGUAUCCUUUAAUUUAUCAUUUCACCAUUAGGUCAGUGGUUAAUGAUUCUAUUUUUAGUCCAAAGUAAAAGAUAUUCAUAAAAUUCUUUAGAUUUAAAAAUAUUAGAUUAAAUUUAAUACUUAUUUCUAAAAGAAAGAAAAUUCUAGCUCACAUACAUCUUAUCCAGUAAGUAACAGGAAAUUCACUAAAGUUAAUUCUCUUUAGUUGGAAUUCUAAUCCGCACAUUCUUUAUGCUAGACAGAGGAGGACCACUGACCACAAGUUUUCAUGAAUCCUUCAUCUUUCCUCAAUUUUGCUCACCUUAUUCAUUUCAGACAAUCCAAGUGAAGGGGAAUUCAUCACUGUCCAUUCUCGUUCACAGUAUAGAAUCAUUCCAACAAAAGUGUUUUUGUUAGAGGUGAGGAAUGUAGCUUAGUGGCACAUGCUCCGUCAGCGGCCACGCAAGACACUGAGUUUGAUCCUCAGCAUGAGGGGGGAAGUAAUAAAAUGAGUGGAACCAAACCAAAUGUCCCUUUCACCUCCGAAAGCUUUGGGGGACAGGGAGUCAUGUGAAUAUGUUGAAUGCUCUUGAUAUUUUUUAAUAAACUGUGUUCAUGAAAGUUUAUAUUUUUCAAAUGCUUGUAAAUACUAUUCAUUUUAGUUUAUAAAUUUGUAAUGUUUCUGUAUAUUUCCAAUAAAAAAUGUGGUUUUGUUGUGCCUUUC